AUGGGGAAUUACGAGAUUGUCGCACUGACACAAGAUUAUAGCACCAUUAUUCUACCAAAAAUGCGAGAUCCAGGGAGUUUCACCAUUCCCUGUUCCAUUAGAGGAGUUUAUAUAGGACAAGCCUUUUGCGACCUUGGAGCCAACAUUAAUCUCAUGCCACUUUCAAUCUUUAAGCAACUGAGAAUAGGAAAACUUGCACCCACCAUGGUUACGUUGCAACUGGCAGACCGUUCCUUGGUACCCCCAGAGGGAAAAAUUAGAAGAUGUGCUUGUAAAAGUGGACAAAUUCAUUUGAUCAGCUGA